GGCGGCACUCGGCCGAGGACUGUUUUGUCAGAGUACCUCAGUAAUGCUUUGCAUGGCCAGCUAGCCGCAACUCGGCUCUUGUCGCUGAGUCUCGCGUCGUAUUUAUCGUUCACUCGGUGUGACAUCGUGUUGUGUGAUUAUGUAUUACUACGAUACGAAGGGACGUGAGUAACGAGAAAGUAGAGGACCUUAUAUAUAUAUAUAUGUAUAUAUAUGUAUAUAUAUAUACAUAUAAUAAUUCUUAACGCUAAGCACUGUGUGUGACGCGAACAUAUAUUUCGGGCGUGGAUCAAAUUUCGUUUCGGACGAGCGCUCGAACGCGAGUGUCCGUCGUUCGUCGAAGGAAGGAAGAGAAGAAAGAAAUAAAAAAAAAAAGGGAAGAAAAGAAGAAAGAAGAAAGAUCUUGUGUUAAACGGAGAUAAAGAUAGACAGACAGAUAGAUAGAUAUAUAGAUAAAUAGAUAGAUAGAUAGGUAGAUAGAUAGAUAUAUAGAUAGAUAUAUAGAUAGAUAGAGAGAUAGAGAGACAGUGGGACAGCUUGCUCGAUACGUUGCUGCGUGUGAGAAAAUAAGGAUAGAAAGAAGAGAAGAGAAGCCGGAUCGUGGACGGCAGCGACGCUCGCUGCGGCCCUGGUGGAAUCUCGAUUCCACCCCAAACGUGUUUCCUCACUUGAGAACCGAGCUACCAUCCGAGACAAACUGUGUAUGGUGCACGAGCGAAUCAAGAUGCUGUCGUCGGUGCCAGCGAAAUAAUAAUGUGGUGCGACGUUGGUCAGUUUGAAUUCGAAGCGAUCCCGCGUUUCCUUGGCCUGGGGCUGUUGGGGUGGCGCGGAGGGGAGGAGGUGGAUGAGAGGUAGGUGCACGAAGAGGUGGAGGAGGAAGAGGAGGAAGAGGAGGAGUUAGGAGGUAGAACGGCGACAGCGACGAUGACGGUGGCUGCGAUGAUAACGUAGAGUGAAGGAGGGAUGAGAGAGUCCAUGCAGUUGUGCAAUGAUGGGUCUGCAGGCCACGGCAGGAAAACGUAAACUGGAGGGAGGUGUGGGCUGCAUGGAAUUCGACAUGGACAUGGGCGAAAGCCCAUCGAAGUUAGGUCGCGUGGAGGGUAGCUGGUGGGCGAUGGAAGAUGGCUACGCACCAUCACUCAGCCAGACGCCAGCAUCUUAUUAUGAUAUGGAGGUGUCGUCGCCCUGCUUGCAGGCGAAUCCCUGUCAACCGACAUCAGGGAGUACUCAACAACAACAGCAACAACAACAACAGCAUUCGACAUCGCAACAACAGCAGCAGCAACACUCGACGUCUCAACAGCAACAGCAACAGCAGCAACAACAACAGCAACAACAGCAGCAACAACAAUCGUCAACGUCUCCGUCGGCACCGAAUGCCUCAACGGUGGCACAGCUGCAUCAUCACACGCAGCACUAUUAUCAUCAUCAACGCGGUACCUCUGGUAGUCCAAUCGGUAAUAAUGGUUACAGUCAGUUGUCGAGGCCUCAACCUCAAUGGGGCACUCCCCAUCAUUACGAGCCGCCAACGAUAAGACGCGAAGAAAAUGGAAAGAGCUAUCUCGAGUUGGGUUCAAGUUACCGCGCGAACGAGAGGUGCUGCGAGGGCUCGAGGUCGAGUUGGUGUCGACGAGGUAGAGCUUGCUAUCGGCAAAGACGGUUAGCCGUCCUUAAUAUCUCGAUGUGCAAACUGGCGAGGUACCGUCAGUUCCCUGAUCCGAGUCUUCAUCGGUCGGUCCUCAUUUGCAAUACCCUGAGGCACUUAGAACGUGAAAUGGAGAGGGAUAGGAGUCCACCGCCUAUGGAACCGGUAAUACCCGCACCUAUGGCACAGCUUCAACCACCUGAACAGGGCAGGCUAACCCCUUUCCCGAUGCCACCGACUUCCUCCGGUGAGACGGACGCGGACUCGGGUAUCGGCGAUAGCGACGAUAGUAGAUCGAUCAAUUGGGGUAGCGUGUUAUCUCUUUCCAGUCAGUCGCCUCUCGAUCCACUCAAUAAUAACGAGCUUCUAGACGUUGACAUCGGUCCAGACUUGGAUCUGGACUUUAUGCCUGGAUGGAAACUGACUCCUUUAUCGGCGGAUGAUAUUCUUAGGAGUACGACAAUACAGGAACAGCAGCAGCAGCAGCAGCAACAACAACAGCAACAACAACAACAACAACAGCAACAACAUCAUCAUCACCACCACCAUCAUCAACAGCAGCAGCAGCAGCAGCAACAACAGCAACAGCAACAACAACAACAACAUUUAACCUCAUCGAGCUGCGGCAGCACAAAUGUGGGUGGUUCAGCCGUAAAUAACGCCAGCAGCAGUAGUACGCACGAAUCGCUAAUGUGCGUAGGAUCAUAGCCCCCAAUAUUAACGUCGUUGAGUCAUCUCAUCGAUUUCUAUCCCCUGACACCGCAAGGCAAAUAAAGAGAGCGGCUGCCACGGGUCCCCUCCAUACAGUGAGACAAUGAAAGAAAGAAAGAGAAACACACGGGUCUCUUAUUCGAGCCGUUCGGUCCCGUCCUUAAACUUGUGCCUCCAUCAACGAACAUCGUCAUUGUCGAAUAUGUCUCUUGUUUGCUCGCGUCAAUUACGAGCUUCUAACGGAUAUGAUGUCCGUUCGGUGAGCUAGAGCAUCGAAGAGAAUACUAGGACGAAUCGUCGUCGAUCGCGUUGAAAAACGCAUCGAACGGCUAUCGAGGAUGUACGCGGGACCGAGCUAAAACGUGUGAACGUGAGGAAGAUAGAAUGAUAAAGUGUGAUAGACAGAAGAUGGAGAGAAAAAAAAAGCGAAAGAAUCAGAGCUCUCAACG